AUGACCUGGGAUCAAUUUAAAGAGAUCUUCUAUGAGAAAUACUUUCCUCAGUGCUUUAGAAACAAAAAAAAAGUGCCAGAGUUCGAGCAGUUGAAGCAAGGCAACAUGUCUGUAGCUGAGUAUGAAGCUAAAUUCACUGAGUUAGCCCGAUUUGCUCCUCGCAUGCUGGACGCGGAUUAUAAGAAAGCUCAAAAAUUUGAAGGAGGUUUGAAUCUAGACGUGUUUGAUCAACUUGGUGUAUUGAAAUUGCCCAAAUAUAUGGAUAUACUUGAUAGAGCCCUGAUGAAUGAAGCCAACCUAGCGGCUAUGAAACAGACCAAGGCUCCAACAACUGAAUGGGGAAGUAAAAGAUCUGGGUACAAUUUCAGAAAGGGCCAUUCAUUUGCUACGAAUAAGAAGCAAAACACAAGGUCUACUAGCAGCUCAAGCCAAAGUAGUGGAUCUACACCUGUUUGUUCUGAAUGUGGAAGAAAACAUAAGUGUGUCUGUUGUUGUGCAUCUGGUGCUUGCUUCCUAUGUGGCAAGGUUUACCACAUGAUGAAAGAUUGCUCACUCAAUGAGACUGCCAACCAUCCGGCGGCAAGUUUAGCCGGAUCCACUCCUAUACCAAGAACUAAAGCUAGAGUUAACACUGGAAAGGAAAUUGUGAGACAAGGCCAAGUUUUUGCACUUGUGCCUGGGGACAUCCAAGACACCGAGUCUGUGGUGUUAGGUAUACUUCCUAUUUGUGCUCAAAAUGCAUAUGUCUUAAUAGACUCUGGAUCUACCCAUUCAUUUGUGUCACAUGUUUUUUCUCAGAAAUUGACUAGACCCUUAGAAACUAUGAAUUACUUGUUAUCGGUAUCUACACCACCUAAGGGUUCUAUGAUAUGUGUUUAUGUGUAUCAUGCAUGUGAUGUUAUAAUUGGAGAAGCACUUUUAUAUGUUGAUUUGUUGCCAUUGCAUAUAUAUCAUUUUGACUGCAUAUUGGAUAUGGAUUGGUUGGCAAAAUAUCACGCUACCAUUGAUUGUGUUGCUAAAUUUGUAGUGUUUCAGCCACCGGGAUUACCUGAAAUUGUGUUUGUUAGGAAUGGUGUAGUUCCUCCCCCAUAUUUGAUCUCUACAAUGAAAGCUAAUAAACUAUUGAGAAAAAGUUAUCGGGGUUAUUUGUAUUGUGUAUUGACUGUGCCCACAGGGAAAUUGAAUUUACCAUUGAAGUAG